UCUUCCCCCCCAGCCAGUCAGUAGCUAUCUUCCCCCCCAGCCAGUGAGUAGCUCUCCCCCCCGGCCAGUCAGCCUGAAGUUGGACAUCAUCCCACAUCCACAACAUGAGCGGAAAACGGAAACUGAGUUUCAAGUGGCUCGGGAGUCUCUCCAACCUAUCCUUUCGUCGUGGAUCAUCGUCAGAGAAAUCUCCCUCUAAGCCUGACGGGGGCAGAGCUCUGGAUGUGGUAUCCUCCCCCGACGCCGCGGAGACGUCUGUUGACGACAUGGAUAUGACUCGUCCGCGCACCUCCAGCUACGCCCGCUCCAGCGACAACUAUACCCACAUGGGCACCUUGCCCCGCCUCCUCCUCAGGAAGAGAGACAAGAGUGGGAAUUCUGUGAAAGGAGGAACCAAGAAGGGGGCGGGGCUGGGCAGGAGUCAGAGCCAGCGGCCGGCAGGGGACCAUGUCUGUAGCUCUCCCCUUCUCACAGCUCUAUCUAGCAAGCCUGGCUCCAGACAGGACCAGCCUGGCUCCAGACAGGACCAGCCUGGCUCCAGACAGGACCAGCCUGGCUCCAGACAGGACCAGCCUGGCUCCAGACAGGACCAGCCUGGCUCCAGACAGGACCAGCCUCGCUCACCUCUAUCCAGCCAGGCUGGUCCUGGUCCAAAGACCCAACAGGCCCAGGGGCUGCCUCCCCUCCCCAGAGGGGGAUCACUCAGUAGGAGUAAACACAAAGACCCACAGGCCCACUGUGAGGAAGGAAAACCACAGACAAGUCAGCUAAUGUCAGCUCAGGCUGUGGGGUCUGCUACCGCCUCUACCGCUUCGUCACUUGUCUGUGAUGACGUCCCUGAAGGGAACACAUUCCCCCCUGAUCAGGGUGUUCCAUCUCCAGAUACAGCAUCAACUGGUGGGGCCAGAAGGAAUCUUCCUCCUGUUCCUGGUCAGUCAGUUUCAAUGUCCUUACAGAGACAGGUGACCAUUCAGACAGAAGAGCCAUCUCCAACCCCUAAGGUUCCUAAGAAAUCCUUGCCUGGGACCCAGGUCACCCAGCAUUGUGAGGAGGGCUUCCCCAGGGAGAGAGCUGAUAACCUAGGGACAGACAGUAACUCCAGCUCCCUGCCUGAGAUGGCCUCCUGUGGUUCUAGUGGAAGAGAUCUUCAGAGGGAAACUCAUCCUGGUGAACCUGUGAACAGCCACAUGGACCCAACAGACAGCCAGGAUGAAUAUGUCAAGUUCUCCAAGGAGAAGUACCUGCUGGAGUCUGCACCAGAGAAACUACACACGGAGCUGGAGGAGGAGCUGAAACUCUGCAGCAGCGAUAUCAGGAGCCAUGGCUGGUACCAUGGACACAUCCCACGAGAGGUGUCGGAGACGGUGGUGCUGCGAAACGGUGAUUUCCUGAUCCGUGAUUCGCUGAUAAACGUGGGCGACUAUGUCCUGACGACCAGGUGGAACUACGAGGUUCUGCACAUCAAGAUCACCAAGGUCCUGGUCAAGUCCACCACUGAGUCUAAGGUCCAGUACCUGUUAGAGAAAGACAGUUUCGACUCUAUACCUGAGCUGAAGAGGUACUACGUGGCCGGACGGCGACCUGUCUCCCAGCCCAGCGGAGCCCUGAUCUACUGUCCAAUCAUACGCACCCUCCCCUUGCGUUACCUGGAAGCAACGUUUGCCUUAGCCAAUAGCAGACAUGGCCUAGCCCACUCACCAUCCAGUCAGAAAGGAGCGUACAUCAAGAGGCGGAGCGUGACCAUGAACGACGGAUUGACCACGGACAAGCUGAUACCUCACAGCUCCUCUACUAUUCACAACCACAAAGACGCCAUGAGGAACUGUGCUCUGAGUAUGGACCUUAUCCAGGAGCAUCGCCGUCCUCCUUUAGGGGAGACACCUCUCUCCCCAGCCUACAGCCACAUCCACAGACACAGAACCCAGUCAGGGGUUAGAGUUCUGGCUGUGGUGCCCCCCUCGCCAGUCCUGAGACACUUCAGCGACCCCCAGCUCAGCCCAGGCUCCAACAACAACCUACCCGACAUGCUAGCAGCCAGCUCCCACUCCACCCCGGCCCACUGCUCCUACGAAACCCCAGGAGAUGGCUCCGAGACGGGGAGCAGCUACUGCAACUUACGGCCCACCCCGGCCCUCUGUCCUAAGGCUCACUGUGCCGCCGGCAUGCCCCCCACACCUCCCACUAAGAGCUACGUGGAGAGGCUGCGUGUGGAGGAGGGUCGAGGGCCUGCCCCAGGGAGGGAGGAUGGGGCUGGAGAAGAGGCGUUCAUCGCUCCCCUAGUGGAGACAGCCUCCUCCUUCAGACCAGGGAUGUACGUCUCGCACCUUAUGCCCCAGGAGAACAAGCCCUUAGAGAUGAGCAUUCUGAAGAGGGUUAAAGAGCUUCUGGCGGAGGUGGAUGUUAGGACGGCUGCUAGACACAUCACCAUGGCUGACUGCACGGUUGCUAGGAUACUGGGUGUUACCGAGGAGAUGCAGAGGAUGAUGGGAGUGGGCUCAGGACUGGAGUUGUUGACUCUUCCUCACGGACACCAGCUGAGACUGGACCUACUGGAGCGGUUCUAUACUAUGUCUAUAAUGACCGCUGUGGACCUGCUGGGCUGUACAGGCAGUAAAGAGGAGAGGGCUGCUCUGCUCCAUAAAACCAUCCAGCUGGCUGCUGAACUCAAGAGCAACCUGGGGAACAUGUUUGGCUUCGCUGCUGUGAUGAGAGCACUGGAGCUACCACAGAUCUCUCGUCUGGAGCAGACGUGGAUGACUUUACGUCAGAGACACACAGAGGGAGCCAUCCUCUAUGAGAAGAAGCUCAAGCCAUUCAUGAAGAACAUGAACGAUGGCAAAGAGAGCACUGUGUUGUCCAACACCUCCUUCCCUCAUGUGGUUCCUCUGCUGUCUCUGCUGGAGAGGAGUGUGGCCGUGGGGGAAGGGCCAGGGGCGGGGAUAGAAUCCUGGGAGAAAGUGCAGGCGGGGGUUGACGUGGUGAUGUCACACCUGGAGGCUGCCCGGACCAUCGCUCACCAUGGGGGGCUGUACCGCACCAACGCUGAGACCAAACUACAGGGCUUCCAGGAGAGGGAGGAGGUUCUGGAGAUCUUCCGGACAGAGUUCCAGAUGAGGUUGCUAUGGGGAAGUCGGGGGUCGGAGGGCAGCCAAUCAGAGCGCUAUGAGAAGUUUGACAAAGUCCUGACCGCUCUGUCUCACAAGCUGGAACCUCUUGUACGCCACAGUGAACUAUAGCAUCCAUCUCACCAAACACCCCUAUACACAGCACUCACAGUGGUAUGGCCCGUCUCCCCACACUGCUGCUGGAUGAAUCCAAUGUGAGGGGAGGAAGCAGCUAACGGAGACAAGAGAAUAGACUGAGAGAGGAAAAGGGUACGCUAGGAGAGAAGGAGCGUCUCACUGUAUAUCCCCAUAAAAGUCAUAAAGGGCUUUUUCAGAGCUCUUAAACAGUGUGGGAAGUUACAUAUUCUGCCUAUCUUCGAAGUACAGAUAAUUGUAUGGUGUGCGCUUAGGGUCAAACAGCACAGGGGAGGGAGUAUAGGGAAGACAAAGCUCUGAUUUGUCUAAAACCUCCCUCACUAGUACUGUCACAACUCUGUAGUAUCACCAACUUAAAGAGACAGUAAUAUUUAAAACAAUGUUUGUGCUCUUCAGGACACCUGUAUAAUAGAUAUAAAACUAUCUGUAUCUAUGACCUGUGUCACCAGACCUCAGCUUCAGACUGAGAGGUAGUGUGUUCUGGAAUCUGUUGUUCUUGUAUAGGCUCUCUGCAUAUCUGCCAUUCAUUCCAUAUUCCAUCACGUCCCCUGCUGAUGACACCUGCAGUGUGCUCAUACAGCUGGCCUCUUAUCGGUCUGUUUUGAACAAGUCAUAAUAUAUGUUAUGUUUCCAAACCACACCAGCUGUCUGAGGCGUACUGUGCUCUGCCUAAAAGCAUUUUCUCUCUGUGAACUUUGUUUGUGUGCUGUUCAGUGGCAGUUAUCUUAUAUGAGGGCUCUUCUGAGAAGCAUUCACCCCCCCUCUUCUUUUCUCCGUUUCUGGCAUGUCAUAAAUGUUUCUCAAAUCAAAACAAAAUCAAAUUGUAUUGGUCACAUGCACAUAUUGGGCAGAUGUUAUUGCGGGUGUAGCGAAAUUCUUGUGGCAUGUCAAUAAUGUUUCUGGCAUAUUAUUAAUGUUUCUGCCAUGUCAUUAAUGUCAUGUCCUUAAUGUUUCUGGCAUGUCAUUAAUGUUUCUGGCAUGUCAUUAAUGUUUCUGGCAUGUCAUUAAUGUUUCUGUCAUGUCAAUAAUGUUUCUGGCAUGUCAUUAAUGUUUCUGGCAUGUCAUUAAUGUUUCUGGCAUGUCAUUAAUGUUUCUGUCAUGUCAAUAAUGUUUCUGUCAUGUCAAUAAUGUUUCUGGCAUGUCAUUAAUAUUUCUGGCAUGUCAUUAAUAUUUUUGGCAUGUCAUUAAUAUUUCUGGCAUGUCAUUAAUAUUUUUGGCAUGUCAUUAAUAUUUCUGGCAUGUCAUUAAUAUUUCUGGCAUGUCAUUAAUAUUUCUGGCAUGUCAUUAAUAUUUUUGGCAUGUCGUUAAUGUUUCUGGCAUGUCAUUAAUAUUUUUGGCAUGUCGUUAAUAUUUCCUGAUGACUCCUGUCCCAUUUACAUCAUAUGAGCAUGUUUUUUCUGCACUUGUCACACACACAAUUAAAAAUAGCCAUAAUGCACUCUCACCUGUUUGUGUGAACUAUUGGACUUCAGGCACAUGUGUUAUAAUGUAAAACACUGACUGUGCUGUUCUCUUGAUCGUUACUUAGAUAUUUUUGAAAGGCGUGGCAUUCCAAAUACUGAGUGAUAUUUUUUUUCUUCUUCCUGACAAACUUUGUUGUCAUGGUAACAUGUUUGACAGACUUUGUUGACAUGAUAACGUAACAUGUUUGAGCCUCUGCUGUUCCCAUACGAUUCAGGUUUUAACCGGCGUGAAUGAAUGUGCUUUGGUCUGAAAGCGAUCCAGAACGUUCUCAGGGCAGAAUGGAGACCCUAAAAAAUGUAUUUUUGCUGAAAUGCUUUAGUGAAAUAAAUGUCAUGUAAAAUGCAACUUCAACAUGAGGGCUUAGAGGAAUCUGGCAACUUCCUUGGAACUAAAUACAUUGUGACCUUUGAUCAAAUAAUUCCUGGAAACUUUUCAUCUGCCGACUCCUAAGCAGUAGUCACGUUACUGUCACAGUGGGCACGUUACUGUCACAGUGGUCACGUUACUGUCACAGUGGUCAUGUUACUGUCACAGUGGUCACGUUACUGUCACAGUGGUCAUGUUACUGUCACAGUGGUCACGUUACUGUCACAGUGGUCACGUUACUGUCACAGUGGUCACGUUACUGUCACAGUGGUCACGUUACUGUCACAGUGGUCAUGUUACUGUCACAGUGGUCACGUUACUGUCACAGUGGUCACGUUACUGUCACAGUGGUCACGUUACUGUCACAGUGGUCACGUUACUGUCACAGUGGUCAUGUUACUGUCACAGUGGGCACGUUACUGGCAUUACUCGCAGUGGUCACGUUACUGUCGCAGUGGUCACGUUACUGUCGCAGUGGUCACGUGACAGUCGCAGUGGUCACGUUACUGUCACAGUGGUCACGUUACUGUUGCAGUGGUCACGUUACUGUCGCAGUGGUCACGUUACUGUCGCAGUGGUCACGUGACAGUCGCAGUGGUCAUGUUACUGUCACAGUGGUCACGUUACUGUCGCAGUGGUCACGUUACUGUCGCAGUGGUCACGUUACUGUCGCAGUGGUCACGUUACUGUCGCAGUGGUCACGUUACUGUCGCAGUGGUCACGUUACUGUCGCAGUGGUCACGUGACAGUCGCAGUGGUCACGUUACUGUUGCAGUGGUCACGUUACUGUCGCAGUGGUCACGUUACUGUCGCAGUGGUCACGUUACUGUCGCAGUGGUCACGUUACUGUCGCAGUGGUCACGUUACUGUCGCAGUGGUCACGUUACUGUCGCAGUGGUCACGUUACUGUCACAGUGGUCACGUUACUGUCGCAGUGGUCACGUUACUGUCGCAGUGGUCACGUUACUGUCGCAGUGGUCAUGUUACUGUCGCAGUGGUCACGUUACUGUUGCAGUGGUCACGUUACUGUCGCAGUGGUCACGUUACUGGCAUUACUCGCAGUGGUCAUGUUACUGUCACAGUGGUCACGUUACUGUCGCAGUGGUCACGUUACUGUCGCAGUGGUCACGUUACUGUUGCAGUGGUCACGUUACUGUCACAGUGGUCACGUUACUGUCGCAGUGGUCACGUUACUGUCACAGUGGUCACGUUACUGUCACAGUGGUCACGUUACUGUCACAGUGGUCACGUUACUGGCAUUACUCGCAGUGGUCACGUUACUGUCGCAGUGGUCACGUUACUGUCGCAGUGGUCACGUUACUGUCACAGUGGUCACGUUACUGUCGCAGUGGUCACGUUACUGUCGCAGUGGUCACGUUACUGUCACAGUGGUCACGUUACUGUCGCAGUGGUCACGUUACUGUCGCAGUGGUCACGUUACUGUCGCAGUGGUCACGUUACUGUCGCAGUGGUCACGUUACUGUCACAGCGGUCACGUUACUGUCGACACAAAAGCUCUAUGGCUGAUGAUCAUGAUGAUUAGUUAUUUUCAGUUAUUUUAUUGUCAGUGUCUGCUGAUUGGUUUCUAAUCAAAUAUGUAUUAGGCUGACUCUCAGAUCUAUGCAAUCACUUUAAUGAAUUAAUGGUUUAGUCCUCACAUAGGAAACAAGCAGAGUAGACUCUGCUUCACCCUGAGGAUGUGUUGCGUGUGAGUGCCAGCCAGACGGUGCAUCCCAGGUUAUAUUAAUUGAGCACCAAACAAAGGAAAACAGGCUGAAACAGGGAGGGAUUAUCUGAACUUGUCCAAUUGUUUUUGUCUUCUGUUGCAAAAUGUUUUGCUACGGUGUGCCCUAAUAAAUACGACCACAGUCAGCCAGUGAGUAUAAAUGAUGGGAGUCCAAUGACGAAUUGUCCCUUCUGUCCAGAAGAGGGCGCUGUUGUUCAGUCAGCAAAACAAUCCAGAGUGAAUAUUGAAUAGGAUUUUGUGAUUUUGUGUUUUUUUUUGCGAUUAUGAAUAAAGCCUGCUGGUUUAGGAACAAUGAUGAUGUGCUGUAUGUAAUGAUGUUUGUCUCACCUUAUGUUGUACAGAUUACAUGUGUGGGUUUUCCCUGUUGUAAAUAGUCAAUCUGGAACGAUGAACCUGUAAAGAAACAGGACUAAAUACUCCCAUCGUUGUGACACCCACGUUUUUUUUUUUUAUGUACUGUACAUAACGGUUCACUUGUUUUUCAAAUAAAUAAAGCUUUUGUCAGUG